GAGCUACGGAGGAAGCUACCGGAAAGGAUCAUACCCGUAGGAGAAAUUCCAUACGACCCCAUCAGACAAAGAGACGCGGCUAAAAAGAAGCAGAUGAAAGAGUACGCGGACAAGAGGCCGAACGCCCGGGAAAGCCUUGUAGUGGUUGGAGACCAAGUUCUUUUGAAGCAGAGCAAAGCAGAAGUUCUCACCCCAGCAUUUGACCCCCGUCCCUUCUCAGUAAUAGGCGUGAAAGGAAGUAUGAUCACCGUGAAAAGGGGUAGGGAGAUUAAAUCCGGAAUUCAUCCCAUUGUAAGUUGCUGAAGCACGCGAGGGAGGAUGAGUACGUAGCUGUGGAUUUGGACCAAGAAGGUCUGGAUACAUCCAGUGUGGAAGAAACUGAAACAGGAGCCAGGGAAGAUUUGCGUUUGCAACCCGACAACCUCGGCGCAUCCAGUGAGAUGACAAUUGGCGGUCUACUUAACAAGCCAGAUGGUCCACCGACAUCCCUAGGAGCGACGGAAACGGGGGGACAUCAACAGCAGCCAGACGAUACUGCAGUAAGC